AUGGGCACAGAGAUCGGCAUCAUCCAGGCAGCGGUGACCAAAGCCGGUGAGGAGGAAGAGCAGACGCCCCUGCAGGAAAAACUCGACGAGUUCGGAAACCUGCUCGCCAAGAUGAUUGGCAUCAUUUGCCUGUUAGUGUGGGUGAUCAACUACAAGCAUUUCUUCGACCCCGUCCACGGAUCUGUGGUCAAGGGGUCUGAUGCUCAGAAUGCCUGA